UCCUCCUGGGCUCACCCCGACCCCCAGCAUCCCGCUUCGCGGAUGCGCUCCCCCGCGCCGAGCAGCAGAGGCCACCGCUCCCAGAAAUGCGUGUGCCCGACCCCCUUCUCCCAGACCCGAAGAGCGGGCGCCCCCGCCCUGUAGGGUUAUGACUCAUUGAUUCAAAAGGACAUUUUCCGAGUACUUUGCACUUGUGAUUGUGUAUUAUGGAUACCAAGGAAGAGAAGAAGGAACGGAAACAAAGUUAUUUUGCUCGAUUAAAAAAGAAAAAACAAGCCAAGCAAAAUGCAGAGAUGGCCUCAGCGUUAGCGACAAAGACUCACAUGGGGAAGGAAGAUGCUAAUGCAGCCCUUUUAGAACAAGACAAGUGCAACAUUGCUGUGGAAGAGGAAUAUAUAGCUGAUGAGAAAAAGAAGAAAAAAAGUCAGCUAAAGGAAAUCAGGCGAACAGAACUAAAAAGAUAUUAUAGCAUGGAUAACAAUCAAAACAAAAUGCAAGAUAAGAAAGAGAAGAAAAUGGUGGUGCAGAAGCCCCAUGGUACUAUGGAAUAUACCGCUGGAAGCCAAGACACCCUCAACUCCAUAGCACUGAAGUUUAACAUCACUCCAAAUAAAUUAGUGGAACUGAACAAACUUUUCACGCAUACUAUUGUUCCAGGCCAGGUUCUUUUUGUGCCUGAUGCCAACUUUCCUUCCAGUACCUUAAGGUUAUCAUCCAGUCCUGGUGCUACUGUCUCUCCUUCAUCAUCAGAUGCAGAAUAUGAUAAACUGCCUGAUGCUGACUUAGCAAGAAAGGCCUUAAAACCCAUUGAAAGAGUGUUAUCAUCUACUUCUGAAGAAGAUGAACCAGGCGUGGUAAAAUUUUUAAAAAUGAAUUGUCGCUACUUCACUGAUGGAAAGGGUGUCGUUGGAGGGGUUAUGAUUGUCACUCCUAACAACAUCAUGUUUGACCCUCACAAGUCCGAUCCCCUGGUGAUUGAAAAUGGGUGUGAGGAAUACGGCCUCAUCUGCCCCAUGGAGGAAGUGGUUUCCAUCGCCCUGUACAAUGACAUUUCCCACAUGAAGAUCAAAGACGCCCUACCAUCGCCUGGAGAAUGGGAGGAUCUGGCUUCAGAAAAGGAUAUCAACCCAUUCAGUAAGUUCAAAUCUCUCAGCAAGGGAAAACGGCAGCAGAAUGGGGACACAGCCAUCACUUCAGACUCCAAAUCAGCCCCACCUUUGGAGAAGCCCAAUGAAUGCACACAUAUAAAACCCGCAGACAGCUGCUCUGUAUCUGGAAAACUAAAGAAAUCGGAGCCUUCUCUAGAGACAACCACAGUGACUGAGGGCAGCAAGGAACCUUCUGCACUUGAAUCUGUAGCCAAAGAAAAUUCCCUUCUAGGGGAAGACGAAGACUUUGUAGACUUGGAAGAACUUGCUUCUCAAGCUGAUAGUAAAAUGGACAAAAGUGAUGCCUCCAAGGAGUGCCUGGAUCUUGAUGCCCAGGAGCUUAGGGAGGCUAAGUCACAGAUAAUCAGUUCUACCACAGAAAUGCAGGUGCACUCAGCCCUGAACUCAGGACCGGAGAGUGAUGCUGAAGUAAAGGGAACUCUUGAUUUAGAAGCCGGUGAGAAACAAGACACGAUGCCAGAGAUGGACAAACAGUCCAGCUCCCCAGAAAGCCAGGUUGAAAACAUGCUGAAUAUACAUGAGGACCUAGAUAAAGUUAAGCUUAUAGAAUAUUACCUUAAUAAGAACAAAGAAGGUUCACAGUCAUGUGAGAACUUAGAGAAGACAGAAUUAAGUGAUGACAAAAGGCUAGAGCCAGUGGGAAUAGACAUCACCCUUAGUCGCUCUUUUUCCCAGGCAAGUGAUCCCACAACUGAAGGCAAUAAAGAGCUAAGGAAAACCUGGGAGAAGGAAAGAGAACCCUUCCCACUGCAACUGGAUUCUUCUACAGAAGAAAGCACGAAUAAAGAUUCCCUGGAACCCUCCUCUUUGGACUCUACUCUGGACAAUAGCAGCCAAGGCAUGCAAGGAGAUAAUAAAUCAGAAAUUCAGUUAUGGCUACUAAAGAGAAUCCAGGUACCUAUUGAAGAUAUACUUCCUUCCAAAGAAGAGAAAAGCAAAACUCCACCCAUGUUUCUGUGCAUUAAAGUAGGAAAACCAAUGAGAAAAUCCUUUGCUACUCAUUCUGCAGCCAUGGUCCAACAAUAUGGCAAACGGAGAAAACAGCCAGAGUAUUGGUUUGCUGUUCCAAGGGAGAGGGUGGAUCAUUUGUACACAUUCUUUGUUCAGUGGUCUCCUGACGUCUAUGGGAAAGAUGCCAAAGAGCAAGGCUUUGUCGUAGUGGAGAAGGAAGAACUGAAUAUGAUCGACAACUUCUUCAGUGAGCCAACCACCAAGAGCUGGGAGAUCAUUACUGUCGAGGAGGCAAAGCGCAGGAAGAGCACGUGCAGCUACUAUGAAGACGAGGAUGACGCGGGGCUGCCGGUGCUGCAGCCCCACAGCGCGCUCCUGGAGAACAUGCACAUCGAGCAGCUGGCCCGGCGCCUUCCAGCAAGGGUUCAAGGGUAUCCAUGGCGACUCGCAUACAGCACAUUAGAACACGGGACCAGCCUGAAAACCCUCUAUCGAAAAUCGGCUUCCCUAGACAGUCCCGUCCUAUUGGUCAUCAAAGACAUGGACAAUCAGAUUUUUGGGGCAUAUGCAACUCAUCCUUUCAAGUUCAGUGACCACUACUAUGGAACAGGAGAAACUUUUCUCUACACGUUUAGCCCCAAUUUCAAGGUCUUUAAGUGGAGCGGAGAAAACUCAUACUUUAUCAAUGGAGACAUAACCUCUUUAGAACUUGGUGGUGGAGGGGGACGCUUUGGCUUAUGGCUAGAUGCUGACUUAUACCAUGGACGAAGCAAUUCUUGCAGCACUUUCAAUAAUGAUAUUCUUUCCAAAAAGGAAGACUUCAUAGUUCAAGACCUUGAGGUUUGGACAUUUGAGUGAAAUUCAGACUGCCUUAAACAUAACAUGAAAAGGGCUGGAAUAGAUCAGCUCUCCUAAAGCUGGCUGGAAGAUGAUGCCUCAGCCCAGACUGCCUCAUCCCACCGUAAAGCUUCCUUCCUGCCCUCAUAUCUCAGAGCAUGACCGAACUGCAGAGAGAAUCCAAAGGGUAAAUGUGGGGGAGGCAGACACUGAAGGAAGACAUUUGAAGUCCAAAUUGUUAAAAGACUUUGUGCUUCCACUUUUUCAAUCCAUCCAGUGAGGAAUCAGAGUAUUUAUAGAUGUAUGAGUUGAAUGCCAUUUUUAUUUUUGGUAACUGUGAAAAAAAAGAUACUGUGGAAAUAUAUACAGGCCUUGUGUAUUUAUCAGCUUAAUUUUCAUUACCAAAAUGUACAGCAUACUGUUCUGUUGUUUGCCAUGGAAAAAAAUUAGUCUUGUUUAGAAAAAUUGAAGGUGCACAAUGCUUAAAGGGAAUAUAUGAUUUUUUUUUAAAAAAACUAUUUAUUGUUUCUAGUAUAUUGUCUGAAUGUGUUUGUAGUUUUUUUUCUUUUAAUGUGUCAAAUCUUGAAAUAAAGAAAUGUAUACAUAUUGUGCUAUGUUUUGGAAACAAAUUCAUUUGAUUUAUAUAGUUUUUUAUUGACUUUUUCUUUGCCCUGAUUGUUUAGGGUGAUAAAUCUUAAAUAGUAUAUAUAUUUGAAUUUUUAAAUACUUAUGUUAUAAUGGUCAGUGAUUUUAUUGUUGUAGGCCAGUUUUCAAGUUAGUUUUUAAAAGGUACAUUUUCAGCUAAUUUGAACUUAGUUGUUAAUAAUAAGCAAUUUCUGUCCAUUAUAACUUGGUAUUUACAGAAAUAAAUACCCUUAUCAACAAAUUCAGAGAGCAAACCCUGCUUCUGAAAAAAAAGUAUUUCAUUUAUUUUAAAAUCAUAUGUUAAUACAAAUAUUUUAAUUUUCCUAGGUGUUUUAUCCAUAACGUCCCCCAGUUGUUAUAUGAACAGAAUAACCUCUGUUUUAAAAGGAACUGAGUGUUUUCACUCCUGCAUAUUUUAUUUUAUUUUAUUGGGGUUUUUUUGGGGGGAGGGAGGGGAGCCACACCUAGCUAUGCUCAGGGUUUACUCCCAACUCUGUGCUUAAGGAUCACUCUGGUGAGGCUUGGGGAGCCAUGUGUGGUGCCAGGGAUAGAACCCACGUUGACCAUUUGCAAGACAAGCUCCCUACCCGUGGUACUAUUGCUUCAGCCCUACUUUUGGUAUUUUAUAUAUUAUUUUUAAAAGUCAAAUUAGCCUUUUGUUUUGUUCUCUGUACUCUUCUGUUUGAUAUAAAAAGUAAUGCAAAUAAAAGCAUUUCACUAUUGAAAUAAGAACACCUGUUCUUUAAUAUUGAUUCAUUGUCACAUAAAAAACUUAUUAAUAGUAAUUACAUCUUUUUUCAAAUCUAACCAGUGUUACUCAUUACUAGACUUUUUUGAAAGCCAAAGACUGCUAAUGGAAAAAAUGUAUGGUAAUUGCCAAAGCUGAGAAGUGGUCUGUCAUAACUUACAUCUUCAGUGAUCUUUAUUAGGAAAGAUUAAUAACAAUAUUUAUAUACUUGCAUUAAAAUGUUUCUUUAUAGUGAUAGUAUUAAGCUGACAGAAUAUUUUCCUUAGCUUAUUCUCUUAUUUUAGACUAUUUUAAAAAGUGAACAAACCAAUUUCCAUGUGGCUUCCUGUAAGAUCAGUAAUUAUUUUAUUACAUUCACAUUCCCUGCAAAUUUUAAUGCUAUAAAAUUGUGAAUAGCCUGGGUAUGGUUUCACCCAAGUUCUCCUAUAACAGCUAUUAACAUUUGGUGAUUUCACCUUAAAAUCUGCUUGUUAAAUAAUGUGUUAGUGUGAGAUAUAAGGAAUGUCUCAUUAUGGUCAUGUUUACUAUUUGUACCAUUUGCAAACAUAUGCUAUUAACAAAAACAAAGACCAUUUGCAUAUAGCUCACUCUUACCUAGUUUAGCUCCUAAUAUUAUACUUGUGAGAGCAUACCCAAAUGUUGUGUUCUCUCUUUAAAAUGGUAUUGUCCAAUCAGAAAUGUGUGAAUAUCCUUCAUUUAUGGAUAUUAAGUAUGUAAUGCAGUGCUCUCCCAAUAUUUUCAAUAAAGGAAUUUAUGCACUCUGA